AUGGACAGGGCAACAUCGUACGACUGGCCGUGGCGAGUAAUGGAGGGCAGAUACCAAGAAUUCGUCAUCGAAAAUGCAUCGGACGACAAGGCAAAGAUAGCGUGGGCAAUAGUUGAAUGCUCGAAUCUCCAUCCUGAAGGCCAGUCUACUAGGGAUUUCAAGAAGCUGGCUUAUGAGCUUCACGCAUUUUAA